GAUUUCAGUUCCAGAGCUAGAAACCAAAGCCCAUCUCAGGCUCAUUACAGAGGGACAGCUUCUGAAGAUCCAGGAAAAAUGAGGCACAAAGCAAAACCACAGUAGGAAAGGCCUCUUGGUUAUGACACCCAUAUUUCGAAAGCUACCAGUCAGGGGAGCCCUGUUGCAGUCGAGUGGCCAGAGAUGCAAGCUAGGAGCACAGUUCGGUUAGAGAAAACCAUGCUGGAUGGGGCAGGGGCCCGUGGGCACAAAGGCUGACCUAACCAUCCCAGGGCAUGAGGGAGGUUCAAGUAGGCUACCUUUGCCAUCCUGGUCUCACACAUGCUCUGUGGGAUGCUAGGCAACCCAUGCUGUAUUGCGGGGGCUGGGAAAUGGCCGGGGUACAUGUGGAGGGAAGUACGGUGGCAGAGCAGAGUCCAAUACCAAUCUCAUAGAACAAGCAUUUAUUGAUGGUUUGCUGUGCCAGACCCUGUGCCCAGCCUUAGGAAUCUGGAGAUAACAUUGUAGAAGACUAGAAACAGGCCUCUUUAGGAGAAAUUAAUCUAUCUCCAACCAGACUAGAAAGUUACUCUUGCCAGGUCUGGGCUGCUCUCCCUGACAUUCAGCAGGUUUUGAUUUCCAUGAUGGCCAAGCUCUACACCCUCCCAGGCUAAUGUGCUGUCUGGCUAGCACAGGCCAGGCAUCAGGAGAGCCCAACACAGUGACAAGCACCACCCCACUCCCCAGAUGGAGUUGGGGAGGGCGGUCCUGGCUCAGGUAGCUGGGCUGGGAAGGAGGGUCAGGAGGGGAGGGGGCCAGGACGGUUGCUUGGCUCAUCAGCAGCUCCUGAAGUUUCCCUGGCUGACUCCAAGGGGCUGUAGACAAUCACUGCAUUGUCACCAGGGCUGCAUCAUGGAGCAGGGAAGCUGCUGUGCAGAGGACCCCAGGCCUGGGCCUGUCAGGGUGAGUGCCUCCCACCACCUAGUCCCCUCUCCUGCGACAAGACCUAGGGCAUGCCCUGGACAGGGGAUAAGAAGGCAGCACCCAUCACCCACACCUCCUCAGCCCCUACUUUCCCUGAGCCAGUCUGCUCCCUGGUCUGUGGUCCAGGCCUCACUAACUGCAAUGUGCCCCCAGGUGAAGACCAGGCCAUGCCAUGGGGGCUGGAGGGCCCUGGGCCUGCUGCUGCUGUUGCUGGCAUUGGCCACUGCUGGGGCUGUGACUGGAGGGCUUCUUGGUUUCUCUCACAGCCCUCCCAAGCCACUGCUGCAGAUGUUCCAUCUGACCCACCCGAGCUCCAGGGUGUACUGGUCCAACCAAACUGCGCAAGUGGACGUGGCCCAGAAUGUGGCAACCAUCAGGGUAACCCCAGCUCAGAGCAACCGCAGCUGGACAGUGCUGUUCGAUGGGCAGAGCGGCUGUGUCUGUUACCGCCCUGCGGAGCACCGGGCCUGCUUCCUCCACCCCAUGGAACCCAGAGAUCGCAAGACCCUGCAGCUUCUGGUGAACACCUCAAGGGCCCAGGGGUCUCACAGCCCAACCCAGGACACCUACUAUGCCCAGGAGCUGCUGGCAGUUCUCGGGAGCCGUGAGGUGGACCCUGCCCAGGUGGGGGCUUCAGUGCGGCACUUUUGCACAAAGACCCCCAUUUAUUGGGCCCAUCGAACAGAGGGGCCCCAGAGGCAGCGACUCAUCUACCUAUGCAUCGACAUCUGCUUCCCAAGCAACAUCUGUGUGUCAGUCUGCUUUUAUUACCUCCCAGAUUGAGCCCCCAUCCUGCCCAGCUCCAUAGGCCAGCCAGCUGGCUGGCCCUGUCAUCAGUACCAUGGAAGGCAGCCACUGGUGGGGGCUAAUAAACCCCUCCACCUGGU